AUGAAAGUUCUGAUGCUCUUGAGCGCCAGAGCAGUGAAGUUACCCGCCAGCUACGCAGAACUACUGAAGUACACGCAACAAAAGUGGGUUUCAGGCCAAAAGAACCAGACGCAGAUUCAGGAACAAGUUGACAUGGCCUUCCUACCCGUCAAGACUUUCGUCGAGUCGGUGCUCCAGUCUUCACAGCUCAAAAUCCCAAAAGAUGAGGUUCUCGGUGCGUUGCAUCUUCUCCACGAUACAGGAGAUAUUUUAUGGUUCGACGGAGUGUCGGAUGCCCAACUACUGCAAGAGCGUCUCUUCUUGGAUCCGAUGCUCGUGAUCGACUUCAUCCGGCAGAUCGUCAACCACAAGAUCGCUGCCAAUGCCUCCCUGGACGGUGCUGUCCGGCAUUCCGUGCUCCAGUCCCUCCCUUACUGGAAAGACGUCAGUACGUCCACCACUCACCAGUUGAAGCUGCUGCUGCUUCACCUCCAUCUCGCUUACCCUGCAGGACAAGCAAGCAAGAUCUCGUGGAAUUCCGAUCUGGUUGUGCCUGUGUAUUGGAAGCUGGCCCCCGGUACUACCGAAUCCAAGGAUUUUCCAACGAAGGAGGAACAAUCCGCGGGAUUAACUGAGCGGGUGCGUUGGGAGUACUCGUUUGAGCCUGCAAUUCACGAAAAUCUGUUUGAAAAGCUGGCAGUGGUGACGUAUUCACCGUCACUUUGGUUCGAACGCAGCUACACUCGGUCUAGCUUUAUCGACAGGGUGGCUAACAAAUGCAGCGCCCUCGUCGACAGAGACGCCGGUUCAGAAGGCAGGCCUUGUGCUCUAAGCAUUACCGUGGUAGCGAGAGAGCGAACACUGGCGUGGAAACAGUUCGUGUGGUACUGCAUGAACAUGGAAAAUCUGCUCCGGACUUACCCCGGAUUGUUGGUGACACGCUCCACCGUGAACCCUCGUGGCCGAUACUACGACGUUGACCAGCUCCUCAGUGAUCAAGAUCAUGUCAAGCAGCUAAUUGUCGGCACCAACCAAGAAAUCCUCCCGUUUGACAUGCGAUGGUACACCGACAAAUCCUGCGAGCUUCAGCCCGUGACGUUCACUGAUAUCGAGAAGGCCGAUCUCGCUACGCAGCCAAAGGUUACUGUAGUACAAGGCGACAUUUCUGACCGAGCUAUUGAGCGCAUCUGCGAGCGGUUCGAAGCUUCAGCUGACAGAGUAUUGCGCGCACAGAUCGCACUGAUCACAGGGAUGAACACCAAAGCCAAGGUUCCGUCGUUGUGGACACUUGAGUACCAGGGUUUCGAUGAUGAAGACACUGGCGUCCUAGCUGCCGCAGCGAAGAAAGUGACUACGACUGUCGUAGUGAAGUUCCGCAGUGACCUCACGGGCAAAUGCCACCACGACGGCAUUUCCAUCUCGGUCGCGAAAGAAGUGUUUGCCGGACGCUUUGGGGAAUGCCUGAAGGUACGGUUGAUGUAA